CGCUCAGUUCAAAUUGAAUUUUCAUUGCGAGCGCAUAGGGCCACCGCUCCCGCACCCGCUUUUAACAAUUACGUUCUCUCUCUCUCUCUUUAACUGACUGUGGUGAGCUGUGUGGGGUUGGGUUGUUGUCCUACUCACUCACACGACACCACCACCCACUUUUCGGGGCGAGAGUGGCUCAGUGGCUCAGUGGCCGCAGUGGCAGUGGUGGCUCGAAGGAACCGAAGUGAACUGAAACUGAAGUGCAGUUUUAUUCAAUCAGUGUGUGGCGAGACGCGUUGUUGGGCAAACGCCGGCCGUCGGCAAAAAGAUCAAAUAUAUAAAUAAUAAAUAAAAUAUAUAUUCUCAGCACUCAUUUUUUUUUUUAAGCCCGCGGUUCUACGCGAAGUGCGCGCCAAAAUUUAAAAAAUAAAUACAAGUUUCUAAAUACGAGUACAACAACAAGAAAAUUCCUAAAAAAAAGCCACCUCCCUCUCGCCUAUCUUGUGCAUUUUUUUGUGAAAAAUAAAUAUUAAAAAAAAAUAAUUAAAAAAAAUUAUUUAAAAAAUAUUGUAUAAACUUAAAAAUAAAAACUCAUGGCCUAGAGACCAGAAUGGUUCUGGAGCAACAAGCCACGGAAUCUUUGGCGCCGGACAACAAAAAGCUAACGCUAAAUAACAACAACAACAACAAUAAUAAUAAUAACAACAACAACAAUAAUAAUAAUAAUAAUAACAAUAAUAGUCAGAAUAAAAACAACAACAGGAGCAACAGCUUCAAGGAGGAGGACGACAAGGACAGGACCUCCUCCCAUCGGAAUCCUCAAAAUCAACUCAGAAGCGGCAGUCCCGCCCGCCAGCCAGUUUCCGGUGCGGCGCCAUCCAUUUCCGUUUCCGGCAUGCCCUCCGAGGGCCUGCAUCCCACGGCCGCCCUCCAACUGUACGCCGCCGCCGCCCAACUGGCGCCCGGCGGUGUCCGGGUCCCGCCCUGGGGUCCCUUCCUUCAGUUCGGCGUACCCGGCGUCUUCGGUCCCAAUGGUCCUUUCCUUGGCCGCCCUCGGUUCGAUGCCGCCUCCGCUGCCGCUGCUGCCGCCGCCGCCGGCGGUCAUCCCAAUUCCGCGGCGGCGGCUGCCGCUGCCACCCAGAUGGCCGCCGUCAAUGCGAGCAACGCCUUCGCCAAUCUAACGGGACUGAGUGCGGCGGCGCUGCGGAAUGUGAGCGCCGUCCAGACCACGGCCGUGGCGGCGGUGGCCAGCACGGUGGCCACCAUCCAGCACCGCCUGAUGAUCGGCAACCGGCAGAGUUUGCCGCCGGCGGGUCCGCCCAGCGAGGGCUCCAACGAGGAUGGCGGCUUUCCCGGGGAUGGUGAUGAUGAUAGUAGUGCCGCCAAACGACGCCGGUCCCGCACCAACUUCAACUCCUGGCAACUGGAGGAGCUGGAGAGGGCCUUCUCCGCCAGCCACUAUCCGGACAUCUUUAUGCGGGAGGCCCUCGCCAUGCGGCUGGAUCUCAAGGAGUCGCGAGUUGCGGUAUGGUUCCAGAACCGGCGGGCCAAGGUGCGUAAGCGCGAACACACCAAGAAGGGACCCGGACGCCCCGCCCACAACGCCCAGCCGCAGACCUGCAGCGGGGAGCCCAUACCGCCCAACGAGCUCAAGGCCAAAGAGCGAGCCCGGCGCCGGAAGAAGCUGGCAAAGGCGAUCGAUCGGCAGGCGCGGAAGCUGCAGGCAAAGGGCAUCACCGUGGACCUGGAGGCUCUCAAAGCCGAGUACAUAUCACAGCACAAGGCCAACGGCACCUUCUCCGACUCCGACCUGGAGGACGACGGGAUCCAGAUCGACGUGGUCGGCGGCACCGACAGCGACGACGAGCUGGACGGCGAUCCGGUGAGUCCGGUCCGUGGCGGCAGCGGUGGCGGCGGCGGCGGUGGAGCCGGAUGCUCCUCCUCGCAGCAGAACUUGCACUGCGGCCUGGACGGCGACGGGGACAGUUCGAGGGCGGGCAGCUUCAUCGGCGGAGGCGGCAGCCUGGGCAGUCCCAGCUCGGUGGCGCCACCCAACGGAUCAGGUCAUCCCUCGGGCGUGAUCUUCGGUAAGCUGGAGCCCAUGGACGGCAGCGAAUCGGAGGAUCGGGAACGGGACAACUCCCCCAAGCCGCUGCUCUUCCCCGCCAAGGCGUUCCACCAACUGAACCUGCAGAAUAGCCAGCAGCAGCAGCAGCAGUCGUCCCUGGGCGGACAUGUCCCGGGCCAGGGUCAGGGUCAGCUGGGGGGGCACGGACACCAGCACGGACACCUGGGCGUGGUGGGGGGCGGCGGCGGCGGCGGGAAUGCCACGUCGGCGGCAGCAGCGGCGGCGGUGGCCAACUUGGUCCACCAGACCUCGCCGAUCAGCAUGCGGCGCAGUAAUCCUUUCAGCAUCGAGUCCUUGCUGUUCAACAACACGUGAGGCAACCAUCUCCCCGCCAGGAUCCUCAUCCUUUAACCCUUGUAUCCUUGUAUCCUUAAACCCUAAGCUUAAGACAUCCCCCCCGUCUUAAUAUCCUAUUGAUUUUUCGCGUUCCUAGAAUAUUGUGCUCAUUUUCAAACAACAACAAAAAAAAAACAAAAAACAAAACAAAAAAAUUUACAAAAAAAAACUUAAAUCUUAUGUCUUUAUUUUUUAGUUUUUGGUUCAAGAGCUUAAAAUAUUCUCCCAAGUGAUUUAAUUUAUUCAAUUAAAUGUUUAAUUUUUUUUUUUUGUUCUUAAAUAUAAAUAUUUUGUAAUCCAGAGAGAGACUAAAUUAGUGUUGUAAAUGAA